UCUAGAAUAGUUACCACAAUUUAAUUUUUUGUGUUUCUGUUCUGGACUUACUCCAUCUUACCCCUCAGCAAACUACUUUUGCCCUAUGCGCUCGAACUGUCGAGUUUCUCAGCUAAAAUCCCUAUCAAGAAAAAGUCAAACACUGUGAGAUGGCACCGCGUAUUAAUCUGAUCGUAGCAGCUUGUGAGAACAUGGGCAUCGGUGUGAAUGGCAAUUUGCCCUGGAAACUUAAGUCAGAAAUGGCAUUUUUCAAACGAAUGACCUCAGAUACGCGUGACCAUAGCAAGAAAAAUAUGGUCAUCAUGGGGCGGCGGACGUGGGAUUCUAUUCCCUCAAAGUUCCGCCCCCUACCUGGCCGAGUAAAUGCUAUCUUGUCCUCAAAAGUCAAAACUACAGAUGUCCCGGAGGGUGUCCUUGUAUUCUCCUCUUUUGAUUCAAUACUGAAGUUCCUGCAAGAAGAAAACUUAUCAAACCAAAUUGAAACAGCGUGGGUUAUUGGUGGCUCCUCCGUCUACAAUUUGGCAAUGAAUUCCCAAUUUUGCCAUCGCAUCUACCUCACCAAAAUUCUCAAGGAAUUUCAGUGUGAUACAUUCAUGGACUCAAUUGAUGAGAAACAGUUCUUUCAAGUUGCAGAUUCAUCUCUACCUCAGGGCAUUCAAGAAGAAGAUGGUGUAACCUUCCAAUAUGUUGCUUAUGAAAAAAUGAACAACUAGCGUCCAUCAACAGAGACAAUUCAAGAAAGUGAUGCAAAUAAUGAAGGGAUUUUUCAGAUAGCUCUUCAGAUUUAUAUCAUUAAUUCUAUCUGGAGACAUUACUUUUUUAUUCAUAUUAGCAUGUUUCAUUGUUCUACCUCUAUAAAUGUGAAUCCUGUAACAUCUUCAGGAAAUAUUCUAUUUACAUGUACCUGAUCUAUUAAAGUUGAAGUCCAAUUAUCA